CAACAAAAGAAAACCCUUUUUCUUACAAAAGGCAUAAAUAAUCACCUCCAAGUAGAAGGAAAACUUUUACUUGUACAUGAUUUCAUUCGAAUUGCAAGUAAUUAUGUUAAAAGGGUUGGUUGCAAGCUGGAGGUGGCUUGGCAUCUGCCAGCCCCCCCAAUUUUCGAGUGGAUUGUUUAUAACGGUCACAAGAAUUAGCAUUUGCUUGUUUCCCAAUCCCAAUUGCAAUCCAUUCUUUUCGAAAAAAACCCAAUUCAAAAAAAUCCCUCUUUUUCUUCCAGUAAUUAAUUAGUAUAUGAACUAACCCUAACCAGAAUUCAUAUCUUCAAAAACCAAAAAAAACCCAUUCUUUCUCCCAGUUAGUAUAUGAACUAAUCCUAUUGAAAUUCAUAUCUUAAAAAAGAAACCCCCUCUCAACCAAUCUUGAUUGUAGUUCAUAUAUUUGAAAACCCCCCAUUCAAGAUUUCUAUCUUUUUUUCAUCAAUUAGUACAUAUAAUUCACGAAACCCACCAUUUAAUGUUCACUAUUUUUUCUCCUUGCCCCAAUCAAAACACAUAUCUUUACAAAAGUCCCAAAUUCUUGUCCCUGUGUUAGCUGGCAAUGGCAUUGGAUCCAAGACGCUUAGUGGGUUAUGAUGAUGAUGAAGUACGCCUAGUGGGGUUAUACAAGAUCAAAGAUGAUUACCCUGAGUCAGCAGAAGAAGAGUCUAAAGUCCAUCUGGAUUAUGUCAACAGGGUCAAGAUGGAGAAAAUAUCAAAGAGAGACCUCAAUCUCUUUGUUUUGGAUACACUUUACCGACACAAUCUGCACGAUACUGCAAAUGCGUUUAGCAAGGAAUCCAAUGACACACGGUUAGGAGAGUAUACCUUCAUUCGAGAGUUCGUAGAGUUUAAGGAAGAAAUCGAGAAAGGAAACUUCGACACUGCCAUUAACCUUCUUGGUGAGGCCUAUCUUGCGAUCUGGCAAGACAUACAUUUUGAUUUGCAGAGAUGCAAGUUUUUGCAUCUCCUUUGUUCAGGAGAGUCCGGGCCUCUGUUGAGCUUUGCAGAUGAGUUUUCUCGGUGGGCUUCCCAUGAACAUAUCGGGGAUCAACUUGUGAAUGAGUGCUGCAAGAAGACGUUGUUGAAGCUGAUUAAUAUCAACGUGAUGAUGACAUCAGUUGGAGCUCAGAUCGUAGAGAGAUCCAAACUAUCAUGUUUGACCAACAACAUCAUCACAAGGCUGGCUCGUAUUCAAAAGUGUGAACCAGAUGGUAUGAUUGAACGUGGUCUGAAGAUGCUGGAAGAAGACAUUGCUUUCAUGGUUAGCGGAACAAGACUGGACCCGAAAGACUUCUACUUGGCAAAAUCUAAUUGAAUGGGUCUGCAAGAGAUUACAGCCAUGAAUUGUGGAACCAGAUAUUUUUCUGACAGGCUGAAAAGCUCAACUGGAUAAGAAGUCUGAUUUCUCUUUCGCGGGGUUUCCUAAUUCCUUGAUUGUAUUUUAGGUUUCAUUAAUUGUUGCAUUCUGUGUAUUACUAGAUGUAAUCUUUCGGUAUAUAGGUUAUGUUUGGAUUUUGGCUAUACUGUGCAUUUGUACAGUGGUUUUAUAGUUACCACUGAUAGGUGAUAAUGGGUACUUGAAAUUUGGUAUUGUUGUGAACAACUUUUAGUUUGCAUAAUAAAGGUGGUUGCUGCUUUGUUGUCGUAAA